UGAGCACACGACGGCUUUGUGCCGCGGCCCGUUUCCCGCUGCAGCAACCUCCGCUAACCGCACUAGCAUCGUGCGCACUUACCGCGAGCUCCUGAACUCGGACCGCGACCUCACCAUGGGCGUCGCCGCCAUCGAGUCCCUGAUCGAGGUCCUCCGCGCGACGCCGUCCUCAACAGCCAUGGAGACCGUUGAGGUCGUCCGGAAAGAAAAGGCCAAGCUGCUCGCCUCGACACCGAACCCGCUCCCGCUCCUCGCCGGCGCCGACCUCUUCGAGCAGUACCUGCUGCGGUCGCUUAGAGGGCCCACCGCAGAGGGCAGCACCGGCAGCAGCGCCUCGGACCGCGUGCUCAGCUUCGAGCAGACGCGGCAGCACCUGCUGGACAACAAGCAGCUCUUCGCGCAGCGCGCCAAGAUGGCGCGCGACAACAUCGCCCUCUGGGGCAGCCGCUACGUGUCGGACGGGCGCAUCGUGCUGACCGCCGGCGGCAGCCGCACCGUGACCAAGAUCCUGCUGCGCGCCGCCGCCGACCCGAGCAAGCACUUCAAGGUGAUCUACGUGGUCGACGGGCGCAACCGGCGCAGCGACGUGGCCGUGGCGCAGCUGCGCGCGGCCGGGCUCGAGGUCGAGACCAUCUCGCCGCACAAGGUCGCGUACGUGCUGGCCAACCAGAAGCAGAUCAACCUGGUGCUGGUCGGCACCGAGGUGGUCAUGCAGAACGGCGGCAUCAUCUCGGGCAUGGGCACCGCCCAGCUGGCCCACCUGACCAAGACGGUCAAGGGCGGCAUCCGCCGCUUCUACGUCGCCGCCGAGACCCACAAGAUCUGCCGCAAGACCCCGAUCGCCUACCCGAUGGUCAACCGCGUCGGCGUCCGCCAGAAGGACGUCAGCAAGUUCGACAAUAUCGGCGUCGACCCGGCCCCCGAUGAUGCCGCUGCCCUGCUGGCCGAGCAGGACGAGGUCGACUACACCGACCCGGAGCUCAUCGACGGCUUCAUUACCGAGCAGGGCGUCAAGAUGGCGUCGGCUAUCUGGGAGAUGGUGGAUGUCUAUCUGUGAGGGCCGGUUCCUUUCCUUUUCUGGCGUCGGCAAUGUUCAGUAGAAUCCGGCUGUCGAGCGUUUCAGAGCAUCGUUUGGGCUUUAUAGGCGUUUUCGGUUUCGGUUGGGGUCAAAAAAAGGGGGCCAAGGGGGGGGUUAGUUGACAUGGAGUCCAAAGAGGGGAACAUUCGAUUGGGUUUGGGAAAGAAAGGCCUGCUCUCUGCGGCAGGGACCCUUCACACUGGGUUCAGCGUGCAACGGACUGGGACGAGCGCCCGCCCUGCGCCGCCGCCAGCUCGCGGUGGCCGAUCACAACGGAUUUUGGGAUCGCGCAACGCAGGAGAAGAGAUACCGGAAUAAGAAAACUUCUUAACUACACAUUCCGCGCCGUGGCUAGAAGAACAUCCAGCCACUGUGCGAGCAAGGAGCGUGGGAGCAUGGAGGACGGCUGCCCUCCGCCGUCAGGGGAUCAGCUGAGAGUGUUCCUCGAGACAUCAAUGAAACAACCGGAUGCCAGGUCCAAGAGAGCGGACUGGUUAACAAUAUGUUGCUGAUCCUGAUCCAACUCGCGGUCUC